GGUCGACCGCUAAUGCCGCAGCCCACGACGCAACCACAGCUUCCGAGACAUAAGAACGGAAACCGAAAGAAGCAAAGUCAUGCGCAACGCGUGGGUCGAGAGCUAGCACGUGUUCUAGGAGAGCGCAAGAUCCAUCUGGUCGUGCGCGUGGUCGCGCUGAUCGGCGAGCGUUUGGCGCGGAGUGUACUGGCGGAAACGCUGUCCAUGCAGAAGCAAGGGUUGACUCUUAAGACCGUGACAGGACGACCUCGCACUCUUGGCGGAGCUUUUUUUACUCUCCUUAAGGAACGCGUGACCAAGGAAACGUACAAGGAGAUCUACGCAUUGGAAGACCAGAAGAAGAAAGAAAUGAAGAAGUGUAAGGUGCGCGCGGCACGAAUCAAGACAGAGAACGCUCUAAUGGGAGGCUUUUCCACUCAGCUGCAUUUGGAUGAUGAUGAAUCCAAGGAAGAUGAAGAGGACGGCGAAGUUAACGACGCUCCUGGCGAGGACCCGCGUUUCAUCGAGCGCGACUGGAGUGAUCACGAGAUGAUGGACGAGUAGACGUUUUAUUCAAUAAAACGCGUAUUUUAU